AUCAACAAAACAACCAACAACAACAAUACAAUGUCUACACAAGUUAGCAAUACUGUAGGAAUGGGAAUGGGCUUGGGCGGCCCAAUUCCGUCAGCAGCUAGUAACGGCGGUAAUAUGAGCACGUCGUCAACGAUGAGUGGCAUGAAUGGAUCGUAUGGCACGAAGAGGAAGUCGUCUUCGUCGUCGUCGCCGUCGACUGGCGUGCCAUCGGCCGCACACUACUCCAAUGGCGCCUACUCGCAAUCACUGUUGCCCAAUGGUGUUGGCAGCAAUGGAAACGGAAGCGUUAGCAGCAGCAUUAGCAGCAGCAGUAAAGGUGCAUGCUCCAAGUGUGGCGGAAAGAAGAAACACGCAAAGACAUGUAUAUAUAGAAGGAAAGAAGAUGAUGACGAACAGAUGAACUCGAAGGAUAUUAUUCAAAGACUCGAUGUCUCGGCUCUCAAGAGAUAUAAGAAACACUACAGACUGAAGACAAAGCAUAACUCAUCGAAAGAUGAGUUGGCCUCUGCUGUCAGGUUACAUUUCGAUGGUUUGCCUGUGAACGAAGGCGAGAUCAUUGAGAACUUUAUGUCAAAGGUCAAGAAUGCGCCAAUGGCUUAC